GAAGCAGCGAGGCCUCGGGAGGUGCUUUUUUCUGGGAUUCUGCGUCUCAAACUCCAGUCCUCUCAGAGACGGGUCCGCCGACAGACCGAUAGGAUGCUGAAGGCAGUGGUUCUGGUUCCUGUGCUGGUCCUGGGAUGGGCCUGGUCCAUCCAGGGGGUCCCUGUGCUGUCAGAUCCUGUUUACCCCACGCAGGAGAACUUUGACCUCUCCCGGUUCUUGGGGACGUGGCACGACGUGGCCGUGGCCAGCACCAGCCCCCACGUGCAGCAGCACCGGGCCGACGCAGCCAUCGGGAAGCUGGUGCUGCAGAGAGGCUCGGCCGCGGGCAAGCUCCAGAUGACGCGGACCGUCCUCAGACGCGGGGCGUGUAAGGAGAUCUCCGGGGACUAUGAGUUGACCUCCACACCGGGCCGCUUCUCCUACCACAGCGCCAAGUGGGGGUCGGACGUGGACGUGUACGUGGUUCACUCCAACUACAACGAGUAUGCGAUAGUGAUCAGCAUCAAGGAGAAGACCGCGGGGCAGAAGAGCACCUCGCUCAGGCUCUACAGCCGGUCAACGACAGUGAGGCCGACCGUGAUGGACGACUUCAAGACGCUGGUGAGGCAGCAGGGAAUGAGCGAAGCCGCGAUCGUCACCAAGCAGAACAAAGGCGACUGUGUCCCCGGACAGCAGGAAGCGGAACCGAGCGCGCAGCCAGAACCUCUUCAGCGGGCGAGGAGAGACGCGGCUCCGACUCUGGGUCCUGCAGACGUGGAGGGCUCUGGUGAUGACACGCCUCUGUUCAACAGCACCGUGGCCUGUACAGCGGCGCCGGACGCUGGACCCUGUUUUGGGCUGAAGCCGCGUUACUUCUACAACUCGUCGUCCAUGACAUGUGAGCUCUUUAACUACGGAGGCUGCCUGGGCAACCAGAACAACUUCGAGAACGAGAGGGAGUGUCUGCAGCGGUGUCGGACCGAGGCCGUGUGCCGUCUGCCCAUGGCGGCCCAGCCCUGCGCCGGCCAGCCGCCCAUCUGGGCCUUCGACUCCUCUCUGGGCCUGUGUCUGUCCUACAAACCGGGCUUCUGCCAGGCCAACGGCAACAAGUUCUACAGCAAGGCCGAGUGCGAGGAGUACUGCGGCGUGGAAAAAGACGAAGAGGAGCUGCUGAAGACAAACUGAGUGGAUGCGGAGGCGCUCGUCUGAGCAUCAACUUUUUAUUUCAUCAAUAAACAUCUCAUUGGUUUGGCUUGAAAUUUGUGUUCAUUGAAUGGUUAUUGUUAGUUAUGCUGCCACAAAAUGAAAACCCUCUUCCUUUACUCUCAAGUGAAGCUAUAAUACAAAACAAUAAAUGUAUUUGUAGUGCUA